CCGUUAUCUGGCGCGGGCUUCCUCAGCUGGUAGGCCAGCAGUGCCACUCGAGCCUUGUAUCUCAACGCAGCAGCCGCCGCCGCAAAGUGCAAAUCCACCGCUGACUCACCUGCCGACGUGUGAAAUACCGAAAUUCGACUACGCCGGACCUGUUGUUCGCUGUCUGAGCCUGACUGUGAUGCUGUGAGAUCCGAUGGCGACCGCCGCAGCUGCAGCCGCCCUGCCCGCCCUUCUGUCGGGCGCCACGUCCGCGGUGACCACGGCUGGCCUGUGGUUCACACCCCUGCUCGUGGCCACCCUCGCCUAUUACCACUACGACCUCAUCGAUCCCGAGUCGAGACCCAUCGACGUCGAGGUUGUCAAACCGAUUUAUGACUUCAUCGUGGUCGGCGCUGGCUCGGCCGGCGCCGUCGUCGCCAACAGAUUAUCUGAAAUUAAUGACUGGCAAGUGCUACUGUUGGAGGCCGGGGGUGACGAGACAGAGAUUUCGGAUGUGCCGGUGCUUGCCGCAUACCUGCAGCUAAGCCAGCUGGACUGGAAGUACAAGACGGAGCCGCAGCCAAACGCGUGCCUCGGCAUGAAGAACCAGCGGUGCAACUGGCCCAGAGGCAAGGUGCUCGGCGGCUCGUCGGUGCUCAACUACAUGCUCUACGUCAGGGGCAAUCGGUACGACUACGACUCGUGGCGCGACCUGGGCAACCCUGGCUGGGGCUACGACGACGUGCUGUACUACUUCAAGAAGUCUGAGGACAACCGCAAUCCGUACCUGGCCAGGUCCAAAUACCACUCGACCGGUGGCUACUUGACUGUGGAGGAAGCGCCCUGGCGCACGCCUCUCGCUACCGCCUUCGUGCAGGCCGGCGUCGAGAUGGGAUACGAAAACCGCGACAUCAACGGCGAGUACCAGUCCGGAUUCAUGCUCGCCCAGGGCACCACCCGCAGGGGCGCCCGCUGCUCCACGGCCAAGGCCUUCCUCAGGCCCGCCAGACUCAGGAAGAACCUCGACAUAGCCAUGCACGCUCAGGCGACGCGCGUUCUUAUCGACCCAAAGACGAAGCACGCUUAUGGAGUGGAGUUCUUCCGCAACGGAAAGAUGCACGUGGUGCGCGCCAAGAAGGAGGUGAUCGUGUCCGGCGGCUCGGUCAACUCGCCGCAGCUGCUGAUGCUGUCUGGCAUCGGGCCUGCACAGGAGCUGAUUAAGCACAAGAUCCCGGUGGUCCAGGACCUGCCCGUCGGUGAGAACAUGCAGGACCACGUGGGCCUGGGCGGCUUCACCUUCCUGAUCAACCAGGAGGUCUCGCUGGUGCAGUCGCGCUACGAGAACGUGCCCGCCGUGCUGCAGUACGCCAUGCUUGGCACCGGCCCGCUCACCGUCAUGGGCGGCGUCGAGGGGCUCGCAUUCAUCAACACCAAGUACGCCAACAAGACCAUCGACUUCCCCGACAUUGAGUUCCAUUUCAUUUCCGGCUCGACCAAUUCGGAUGGAGGAAGGCAAAUCCGCAAGGCGCACGGCAUCACUGAUGAGCUUUACGAAAAGGUGUACCGUCCAAUCGACAACAGGGACGUGUGGUCGGUGCUGCCGGUAUUGCUGCGGCCGCGAUCGCGCGGUGUGAUCAAGCUGCGGUCGCGCAACCCGUUCGACUACCCGCUCAUCUACCCCAACUACCUGAGCGACCCGUUCGACCUGGCGACGCUGGUCGAGGGCGUCAAGUUCGGGCUGGCGAUGAGCAAGACCAAGUCAUUCCAGCGCUUCGGCAGCAAGCUGCAUCAGAUUCCGUUCCCGCAGUGCGUCAAGUCGACGCAGUUGUGGACGGACGAGUACUGGGCGUGCAUGGUGCGCCACUACUCGGUAACCAUCUACCACCCGGUGGCCACGUGCACUAUGGGCCCUGCGUACGACAAGAAGGCCGUCGUCGACCCCGAGCUGCGGGUGCACGGCGUCACCGGGCUCAGGGUGAUCGACGCCUCCAUCAUCCCCCUGCUGGUCAGCGGAAACACCAACGCGCCCGUCAUCAUGGUGGCAGAGAAGGGCUCCGACCUCAUUAAGAAGACGUGGAAUCGUCUCUGAUUUCUGCGCUCUCUCCCUCACACCUCUACUGUUCUCAUCCAUUCCGACAUAAAGACUGAUUCGUUUUAUCGCGCAUGAGUGGCUGACUACGAGUGAGUUGAUAAUAUUUUAUAUAAUGCAACACGUGGACUUGAAACCUACUAUACAUUAUCAUAAAAAGGGCUGGGAAUUUUAAGCGGUGUAAUAUUGGAAAUAACGACGACUUUCUUAGACCUUUUUGGGCUGGGGAGAUAAAAUAGUCAACUAAGCUGUAUUGAAUUCCCAACCCUCGUUAUAAAUUUAUACAGCAUUUUAACGAUUAAAGCAGAAGUUUGUACUUGUAAAUAAAAACACGCUUUUUAAUAAGA